ACCUGAAAGCAAAGCAGAGACCUUUCCCUUCGCUCUGCCGUUCGCUUCACUCCCACUGCUGCUCCUCCCCUCCUCUCCUCUCCUCUCGCUCGCUCACGGGCGCGCCCACGCAGGCAAUCCAGCCCGCCCUCCACCGAGGCCACCCACGCGGGCAAGGCGCGCUCGCGCUAGAUCUGGCCGGGGCAAUGCGGCGGGCGGCGGGGUGACGCGCGCGGGGGGCGGAUCGAGCGAUGCACCGGGUGGCCAUGGCGGACGGUGGCGGCGGGGGGAGGACGUUGGGGGCCGUCAUCCGGGAGAAGGACGAGGAGCUCGCGCUCUUCCUCGAGAUGCGCCGCCGCGACAAGGAGCGGGCCGGCGCCGCCGCCGACAUGCUGCUCGCCGGCGACGGGGAGGACCCGGACGGGGACGGGCUGCUGCUGCUCGACCCCUCCCCGCCGCCGCCGCCGCCGGUUGUGCCAGCUGAGCCCAGGGCGGCGCCGGCGCCGGCGUACAGGAUGGCCGGCGGGUUCAGGCGGGCGCCCGGCGGGGCCGACGACUUCCUCCACUCCGACGCCGGGGACAAGAGCGACUACGACUGGCUUCUCACUCCACCUGGAACUCCACUCUUCCCAUCUCAUGAAGCUGCGCCAAAAAGGUCUCCGGUGAGCCAAACAGGAUCACCAAAGACUCGCCACAACUCUUUGAAAUCAAGGUUGGCCAAUCAUCCAGAUCCUCCAUCAAGAACCACACAUCCACUGAGAACAUCGUCAUCAAACAGCUUGAACUCAGCUGCGACAACUCGUCGGCCGACAUCAUCUGGAGGGCCUACGUCUAAUUCUUCGAGACCUUCAACACCAACUGGACGUGCUGCAUCGACCACCGCGUCCAAAGGUUCAAGACCUUCAUCCCCCAAUGCUCGGGCAACUCUGCCUGCCAAGACUGGACCUACUGCCCCAAGAUCUUCGACGCCCACUUCCAGGUCAACACUUCCUUCAACAAGGUCAGCACUGCCUUCAUCAAGGUCAACAACUCCAUCAAGGACAUCUGGCCCUGCUACUGCUACCAGGACAUCUGGCCCUGCUGCUGCUACCAGGACAUCUGGCCCUGCUACUGCUACCAGGACAUCAGUUCCUUCAGGUAGAGCAUCAGCACCUGCUAGCAGAUCAUCAACGCCUACUUCAAGAUCAUCAAUGCCUGCUACUAGGUCAACUACACCUUUGUCAAGGCCCUCCUUACCAGCACAAAGCAAGCCUGCAUCAAGGUCAUCAACCCCAACAAGGCGGUCUUCUGCCCCUCCCACCCACACCAAGCACAGUAACUUGCCCGGACCAGUUCGAUCCUCCUCAAUCUCCAGACCAGGACCUACAAUGCCCAAAAGCUCUGCAUCGGCAGCGACAACAACGGCGCCAGCACCUUCAAGGGGCAGCUCACCUACAGUCAAAUCAAGACCAUGGAAACCAUCUGAAAUGCCCGGAUUCUCGCUUGAUGCGCCUCCAAAUCUGAGGACGUCGCUGCCGGAAAGACCAACCUCUGCUACUCGUGGUAGGCCUGGAGCACCUAGUUCUAGAUCUUCCUCUGUGGAGCCUGGGCCAGCUGCUCGACCGAAACGCCAGUCUUGCUCUCCUUCAAGAGGGAGGACUUCAAAUGGCAGUGUGCCUUCAGGGAGUUCCAUGCCGGCAGUGAGAAGAUCACAUCUUAACGGAGGUGACAGUGUGAACCCAGUUCAAAUGGGCAAUAAGAUGGUUGAGAGGGUAGUGAACAUGAGAAGACUAGCUCCUCCGAAACAUGAUGAUCAAAGAUCCAGCCUCAAUAGUUUGUCAGGAAAAUCAUUAAAUUCUCCAGAUAGCUCUGGCUUCGGUCGGUCAUUGUCAAAGAAGUCACUGGACAUGGCACUUCGGCACAUGGACAUACGGCGCAGCAUUCCAAACAAUCUACGGCCUCUUAUGACGAGCAUUCCAGCAUCAUCUGUGCAUAGCGGCCGGUCUGGCUCCACAAGGGGCAGACCGAUAAGUGUCUCGGACUCCCCUCUUGCGACUAGCAGCAACGCCAGCUCCGAGCCGAGCGUCAACAACAACCUGAUGUGCUUUGACAGCAUCGACAUUGACGACGAGCUGUGCAGCGAUAGAGCAGGACACUAUGCACGAUGAUUUGCCUCUUUGCUAGUACAAAGUUCUGACUCUGAUGAAUUUUCACGACCACAAAAUGUUAAGAGCGGCAGCGUUGAAGAUCAUCUCUGAUGAGCUCUAUUCUCAUAUGUAGGUUCUUUGAGUGUCCAAUGCUCAUUCAUUUAUGCUAUGUGGGCUGCUCCAUGUCCAAUGUUAAUCCAUUUAUGUUAUCGAGAAGGAUCCGUCUUUUAUAUGUUCUUUCUUCGACCAGUUCAUUGUGCUGGUAGCGAAGCAUGCCCCACUGGCUGAACUGUGUUGAGUUUUGUUGUAUCGCAAUGUAAAUUCGGUAGCUGUUUAUUUGAAGUAGUAUAUGAUUUUGGAGUUGCCAGUUAUGGUAGCUCAUCUGGCUGAA